AUAUUACGUGGGAAUUGAGUCUGCGCUUUUCUCAUUUGUGUUCUGGAUCCACUCAAAUAUCGCCUUUCACAGUCAAUAAAAUGGUCCACUCGUCCACUGCUUCAAUUGCGACCAGAAGCUCUGAAGAUAAUCAAACGCUUCAGCACGGGCGGCACUGGAUACAUGUUAUACAUAACACAGUGUACAGUAAAAAUCAUUUGGUGUGAAAUCUUAACUUUUAUCUUAUCUUAAAUAUUACAACUCGCUGUGACUUUGACUUUUCUCCCCUAAUAAGUUUUCCAUCAGUCUUGUAAAAGUUCUCUGAAGAGACUGUUGAGUUUUUCGUUACUUUGGAAAAAUGAGCGUGACUGAGAAGAUGUCCCAAGUGAGGAAUAUUCUGGACUUGAAUACAGAGGAGAGAAGGACAUUUCUCAAUUCAUUCGACUUCGUGAUGACUGAUUGUGAUGGAGUUCUCUGGAAUGCAUUUAGCUCAAUUCCUGGAGUUGGAGAUGCUCUGAAAGAUCUCGAGGCAUCUGGAAAAGAAAUUGUUUACGUCUCCAACAACAGCUUCCGCCCAGACAGUUCAUACGAAGCAAAAAUCACAAAAUUGGGCUUUAAAUUCAAACAGGAAAAUUUAGUGCAUCCUGUUCAUGCCAUUGUUUACUACUUCAAGAAAAUCAACUUUCAGGGACUCUGCUACGUGAUAGGUGCUACAGAAAUUACCAGGUUUCUCCGAGAUGCAGGGGUUAAAGUCCUGGAUGGUCCUAAUGAAUUAGUUGAAGAGGAUUUAGUUAAACUUUACAAGAGAGUUGCAGAUAAUGAACCUGUGAAGUUUGUAUUUUUGGAAGUUGACUUCAACUUUGGAUACUCAAAGUAUCUCCGAGCUGAGCUGUAUCUUAGGGAUCCAGAAUGUCAAUUGAUCAUCGGAGCUACUGAUCGUCGUUUGCCCAUCACUCCAGAAUUUGACUUACCCGGUCCGGGGUAUUUCGUGGAUGCUUUGGUGGCAUCCUUGCCUCCGGGAAAGAAGCCGAUUAUCUUGGGGAAACCAGGCGAGACUUUAGGAGAUAUUUUAAAGGAACAGUUUGAAAUUAAAGAUCCCAAAAGGGUACUUUUUGUUGGGGACAUGAUUAGUACUGACAUCCAGUUUGCCCAUAAUGUCGGGUUUCAGUCUCUCUUGGUACUUUCCGGUGGUACUUCGAGGGAUAAAAUGCUGGCCAGCGAGAAUGACAGUGCUAUUCCUGAUUUUUAUGCCAAUUCCUUAGCGGAUUUCUCAACGCUUAUUAACAGUAUUCCACCACAAACAAGACUAUAGGUGAAUUUUUUAAUACAAAUUAUAUUAAAGAGAAAAAAAUUGUAAAAUAAAAGUUUGAGUAAAGUUUAAUAAUAUUUUAACUGUAUUUUUAUAAAUUGUUUAAUAUUUAUUUGCAAAACGAAAAUUGUUUCUUUAAAAUCUAUGAUUGGAAUAUUAUGCACAGUACUUUUCUAUUUUUUUACCAUUAGGAGAUAAGUGUAAUUAAAAAGUAAUUCUAUUUAAAUGCAAAAAAUCUAAGUCUAUUACUUUAAACUUUCUCAUGCAAAAUUGAAAAGGCUUACGUUCCGAAUAGAAACGUACCUUUUCUUGAAUGAAAUAAAAUAAGUAAAAAAUCGACAGGCAUAGGUGGGUAUGUCCUAAUCCUGUGACUCUGAUAGGGACAAGCGGUUGAAAAUAAAUGAAUGAAUAAUUUAAAAA